UGGAGAUGGACGACAGAUGCGGAAUGGGCAGUGAGGAGGACGGGGUGGACGAGGGCGAGGCCUGGGUGAGAGCCACGACGGUGGCGCAGGUGCGGAGCCGCGGCGCUGUCCAGACACAAAUAGACGGUCGUGAGGUUGUGCUGGUCCUGGCGCCUGAUGGAUCGGUGGCCUGUCUGGACGCUCGAUGCUAUCACCACGGCGGCGAGCUUGCUCCGGGCAAGGUGAAGCACGUUGGCGGACGGGCGUGCAUUGUGUGCCCCUGGCACAAGUACCCGAUCACCCUCGAUACUGGCGAGGGUCUCUACACUGCCCUCGAUGGUGUUGUCAAGUCCAAGGGCGUCAUGCAGCGGGUCCAUCCGGUCCGCGUCACCGACAAUGGCCACAUCUGGGUCCGCCUCGCUGUUGGCGGUCCUCGCAUAGAGUCGGACACCUACGCCGAUCCGCAGCCAGAGCCUGACGCUGACGGGGUCGUCGUCCUUCCCAACGGCGCCCGGGUCAUCUACCCCCAGCCACGCUCGUGACCAGGCGUUUAGUACGCUGCACCGGCGCAAGAGCAAGCGGCGGGGCUAC